UUCCUUUUCUUUUCCUCUAAACUCUCUCAUCAUCUAGGGAAAGCAAGAGGACGAAAGAAGAAACAGCCAAACCAAAGAGAUCAAGAAGGUUAAUUAUAAGGGAUGGCACAUUCUAUUGAGAUGAUCACAGCAGAUGACAGAACUCCACUGCUUCGUCAAAGUGUGCGCUCACAUAUGGAAGAAGGGAGGAAAGUGGAUCAUGUAAUGGAGAUAAAGGAAACAAAUAGUGAAGAUCAAUCCAGGUUGCAAACCAGUAAAUCCAGAAAACAAAUCUUUGAUGAAAGAUUUAAGGAUUUGAACAGUUGGUCAACCAAAUCAUGUACCAUAUUCAAAGUAAAUGUGGCGUUACGUGAAUCAAAUCCAGAUGCUUAUACACCAAAGUUGAUCCCCAUUGGUCCUUACCAUAACAAAAAUCCUGAACUUGGUUCGAUGGAAAAAUACAAAAUGUUGUACCUACAACAGUUUCUCCAGAGGAAAGAGGGGCUUGAUAUGGAAAGUUGCAUCAGAAAAUUGGAGGAACUGAAGGAUGAAGCACUAAAGUGUUAUGAAGAUAUAGAUUAUAAGGACUUUGAUACUGAUGAUAGCACAGGGAAAUUCGUGGAAAUGCUGUUGGUUGAUGGCUGUUUCGUGGUUGAGUAUAUUCGAGAGGAUUGUUCGGCAGAUGAGCCAAGAGAAGGCCGAAUUAUAAACACAGAUUGGAUGGUAUCUCUUGUAAAUCGUGACCUGUUGCUGCUAGAGAACCAACUUCCUUUCUCUGUCCUCACUAAGCUUCAUGAUAUGACUACGCAUCAAGGUGAAAUGUCAUUCACAAAACAAGUGGAGAAGACUUUUUUAUCUAACUUGUCGAAUAUGUGCCCUGCACCCUUGAGUGAGGUUACUACAGGUAAUGCAGACAAUAUGGAACCCAAACAUAUACGACAUGUAUUACUCAAGGCCUGUCAACCUUCAAAGACGACAACUAGCACGACAGAAUCAGAAUCAGAAUCAGAACAUUCCAGGAAAAGCUUAUGCUGGAAUCCUUUACAACUAUUUAGGCCGAAAGAAACGCAAGGAGAUACAAAGCACAUAACGUUGCAUGGCAGCAUGCCAAAUGCAACAGAGCUUUGUGAAGCUGGAGUUACAUUUUCAAAAGUUCAAAAUGUUUAUAGGUCAUCGGACACAAAUAACACCCUUGGAAAUAGGACAGUAUCACUCUUUGAUAUAAAAUUUGAGAAAGGGUUAAUGAAAAUUCCUUCAUUUGAAGUCGUUGAUCUUACGGAGACUCUCCUGCGAAAUCUCAUAGCUUUUGAACAGCAUUGGCCUGAUGUAUAUCCUACAUGUUUCAGUGAUUAUGUUACUUUCAUGGAUUAUCUUAUUGAAUCAGAAAAAGAUGUGAGUUUGCUUCGCCUGAAAGGAAUCAUCAGAAACAGGAUAGGAGAGGACAAAGAAGUGGCCAGCAUCUUCAACAAAAUGGGGAAAGGGGUCGCCGUUUCAUGUGAGGACUUCUACUACAAAGAAGAAUACAGAAAAUUAAUUCAACAUUGUGAAAAACCAUGGAACCGAAUGAAGGCAAAUUUGAGGCACAAUUAUUUUAGUAGUCCUUGGGCUGGAGCUUCAACUGUGGCAGCCGCCGUACUCCUCAUACUCACAGCAAUGCAGACAAUACUAGCUUUCAGAGCUGAUCGUAAGAAAUAGUCAUUGUUUGAAUGUCUAAUUGUUCUAAUUGUUUAAUUAUUGUGCCAAUGCUUUGUCCAUUAAAUAAUUAGAGGUGUGAAGAAGCGUAAGUUUUAUCUUUUCCUGAUGUUGUAAUGGUAUAAGAAGCAGAUUUUCAAUUAUCAACCUUUUAUCCAAAAUAAAACCCCUCUUAUAGCUAUAACAAAAAAAA